AUGAUCGAAGCCAUAGGAAACCAGUAUGUAGUGGCCAGACCAGUGUAUUCCUCAAACACUUUUGGAGAGGAGUUCAAGAAGGCAGACAGACACCACAAGACAUUCCUGGAUCAUCUCAAAGGGUGUUGUAGCUGCUCCUCACAAAAGGCCAAGAAAAUUGCCCUGUCUUUGUUCCCCAUAGCAUCUUGGUUACCAGCAUACAAAAUAAAGGAAUGGCUUUUGAGUGACAUCGUUUCUGGCAUCAGCACCGGGCUAGUGGCUGUACUGCAAGGUUUAGCAUUUGCUCUGCUGGUCAACAUCCCUCCAUCCUACGGGUUGUAUGCAGCCUUUUUCCCCGUCAUAACCUACUUUUUCUUGGGCACUUCUAGACACAUAUCUGUGGGUCCGUUUCCAGUUCUGAGUAUGAUGGUGGGAGUUGUAGUUACAAGAGUGGCCUCAGGAGGCAAUACAGCUCCAGAAUUGUCCUCAAGCUCGAACGAUUCCCUGGAUGCACAGGAUCAGGAGAAGAUAAUGGUGGCUGCAUCAGUAACUGUUCUGUCUGGAAUCAUUCAGCUGCUCUUGGGAGUUCUGCAGAUAGGGUUUGUGGUGAUUUAUCUAUCCGAGUCCCUAAUCAGUGGCUUCACCACAGCUGCUGCCAUUCAUGUUUUGGUUUCUCAACUGAAAUUCAUGCUGCAGCUGAGUGUUCCAGCACAUAGUGACCCAUUCUCUCUUUUCAAAGUCCUGGAGUCAGUCUUCACGCAAAUUCAGAAGACUAACAUUGCAGACCUCGUGACAUCUGUGAUCAUUCUCGUGAUUGUAUUUAUUGUUAAAGAGAUCAAUCAGCGCUACAGAAGCAAGCUUCCAGUGCCUAUCCCCAUCGAACUUAUCAUGACUGUAAUUGCAACAGGAGUAUCCUACGGUUGUAAUUUUGAAGAAAAGUUUGGCGUGGCUGUGAUUGGGAACAUGACUCUAGGAUUUCAGCCACCUCUUACACCCAGUGUGGAAGUUUUUCAAGACACCAUAGGAGACAGUUUUGGAAUUGCAAUUGUUGGCUUUGCAGUGGCCUUUUCAGUUGCUAGCGUCUAUUCUCUCAAAUACGAUUAUCCAAUUGAUGGCAAUCAGGAAUUGAUCGCCUUGGGAAUAAGCAACAUAUUCACUGGAGCAUUCAGAGGAUUUGCAGGGAGCACAGCCCUUUCCAGAUCAGGGGUUCAGGAGAGCACAGGAGGCAAAACACAGGUUGCAGGGCUUCUCUCGGCUGUCAUCGUACUUAUUGUCAUUGUUGCGAUUGGAUUUCUUCUGCAGCCACUACAAAAGUCCGUCCUGGCAGCUUUAGCACUUGGAAACUUAAAGGGAAUGCUGAUGCAGUUUGCCGAAAUAGGCAGAUUGUGGAAGAAGGAUAAAUAUGAUUGUCUGAUUUGGAUCAUGACCUUCAUCUUCGCCAUUGUCCUGGGUCUUGGAUUAGGCCUGGCAGCUAGUGUGGCCUUCCAGCUCCUGACUAUUGUGUUCAGGACCCAAUUUCCAAAAUGCAGCACACUGGCUAAUGUUGGAAGGAGCAACAUCUACAAGAACAGGAAAAAUUAUGCUGAUGUGUAUGAGCCAGAAGGAGUGAAAAUUUUCAGAUGUCCAUCUCCAAUCUACUUUGCAAACAUUGGUUUCUUUAAGCAGAAACUUAUUGAUGCUGUUGGCUUUAGCCCACUUCGGGUUCUACGCAAACGCAAUAAAGCUUUGAAGAAAAUCCGAAAACUGCAGAAACGAGGCCUGAUACAAGUGACACCUAAAGGGUUCAUAUGCACCUCCGAUGGCUUUAAAGACUCUGAUGAAGAAUUGGACAACAACCAGAUAGAAGAGCUGGAUCAGCCAAUCAACACCACAGACCUGCCCUUCGAGAUAGACUGGAAUGCCGAUCUCCCUCUCAAUAUCACCGUCCCUAAAAUCAGCCUCCACAGCCUCAUCCUCGAUUUUUCAGCAGUGUCCUUCCUUGACAUCUCCUCAAUGAGGGGUCUCAAAACGAUUUUGCAAGAAUUUAUUAGGAUCAAGGUAGAUGUAUACAUUGUGGGAACAGACGAUGAUUUCAUUGACAAACUUGUUCGGUGUGCAUUUUUUGAUGAUGAAGUCACAGAUUCAAUAUUUUUCUUAACAAUCCAUGACGCUGUUUUACAUAUUUUGAUGAAGAAGGAUUACAGCACUUCAAAGUUUAAUCCCAGCCAGGAGAAAGAAAUGAAAUAUGACUUUACCGUAAAUACAAAUGGAGGAUUACGUAAUCGAGAAUGUCAGGUACCAGUUGAAACGAGAUUCUAAUCAAGAUACAACUCAGAAGGAUGCUCAUCUGUCAUAUUAACAACUUUAUACCUAGAAAGUUAUUGCUAAGUUCAUACAUUGUAUGAAGGAUAUUUUUAUUUGACAGAAUUAUGUUUCAAACUUUGG